CGAGAGAAUAGACCCGUCAGCGCGAAUGGGGUGUGUGUGUGUGUGUGUUGCGCGAGUCGCACGAGCGGUUGCUCGUCGUCUAUAAAGGGCCCGGUGUCCGCGUCUCGAACGGUGCUGGCUGUUGUUGUUUCUCCAGCAGAGUCCUCCACGCGACUUCGUAGUCAGAUUCUCUCCUCGCCGCCAACGCUGCUCUGCGAUACUCUACAUACUUAUAUACAGAGUAUUCCACAUCCGCCCUACUAUCCUAUCCCUGCCUCUGCCCUCUGCGGCCGCCCGUCUUAAGACAUCCCGCCCGGCCUCUCCGACUCUGCGCGAGAACCUCCUUCCUCUGCGAAGACUUACAGCUGCGCCUACACCACCACCACCCACACACACACACACACACAUCAUGCGGACCACGUCGCUGCUCGCGCCCCUCCUCGCCGCCAACCUGGCGGCGGCGUCGCCGGUGCCGGCCGAGAGCCCGGCGGAGGACGCGCCGGCGGCAGCGCCGCGCGUGGUGUCGAUCACGUACUCGGGCAAGGGGUGCCCGUCGGCGAGCCCGGGCGUGGAGCGCAGCGGCGGCGACGACGCGCCGUCGCUGCGGCUCAACGCGUUCGAGGCGCAGGUGCCCGGCGCCGCCGACGCCGCCUCGGUCCACUGCCAGGCCCACCUGCAGCUGCAGCUCGCCGGCACCGGCACUGCCGGCUGGCAGGCCGCCGUCCGCGACGUCGCCGUCCGCGGCCACCUCGUCCUCGACCCCGGCGCCUCCCUCGACUGGUACGUCACGAGCUUCUGGAGCGAGGACGCCGACAAGACGUCGACGCUCCGCGGCACGCUCAAGAACGAGGGCAGCUCGCGGCUCAGCGAGGACGUGACGGCGCGCGGGACGGUGCCGGCGGCCCAGGUCGCGUGGUCGCGGUGCACCACGUCGUCGGGCUACGUCGGCCUGCUCAACGUCAACUUCCGCGUCGCCCUGCAGCAGGCCGCCGCCUCCCAGCACGGCUACUUCGGCAAGGACCCCGACACCGCCCCCUCCGAGACCUGGGGCUACGUCUGGAGGCGCUGCUAGAGCGCGCGCCCCCGGAAGGGAUAUCACCGACGAGAGUGCCUCGUCGUUAUGGGGUCCGGAGGGAUAGUGCCUAGGUCGGAGAUGUUAAAUAUAUAGAUAUAUAUAUGAGAGACUCGGCGAGAGAGGGGAGGAGAAGAUUUGGUGCAUGCUCAGCUUGUUCUCUAUGAAAAAGGGGGGGACGGUAAG